CUUUUCAAUGUUUACGUUUACAUUUUUAAAAAAAAAAGUUAAAAACUUUAAAUUAUUGCUCCAACUACUAGCCUCAUCAACAAAAUAUGAGUCGUUCGACACCGAAACAGCCCCCUCAGCCUCUAGAAGACCCAAUCGACAAACAAAUUCAAGAUAACGUGGCCAAGUGGCAAUCGUCGGACGACCCUUUGGCCCCUUUGAACGACGAACAAUUGGAUUUGAUCUACGAAAUUGGCGACGUAGUGAAUUCUUUGUACUUUGAUAAUGAACCACAAGAACAGAUAAAGGUAGACAAACAAGAACUUGUUAUCAACAAUAACAAAGAUUUCAUUCAAUGGAUGAUAAAUGUUGAAAAGGAAAUCCAACACGAGAAUUUGAAAAAUUUUCAAGCUUAUUUUGAAAGUUUGACUAGGCAUUUGACCAAUUGCGAGUCGCUUUUUAAACAUUCAGAGGCUACUGUUGAUUCUGUAGGUGACCUAAGAGAAACUUAUAAAAAUGUUAUUGAUAAAACUAAUUAUUUGCACCAUUUGAGUGAACAAUUAAUGGUGCAACAGCGAGUAUUGAAAGAAAAAAAACACGAUAUCAAUAGUAAACUAAAGUAUUUUGUAUAUUUUUCUAAAUGCCAAGAAUCAGUGGAAUAUCUUGGUCAUUGCAAAGUAAAUAAUGAAGAAUUUAUUGAUGUUUUAAAUAACAUUGAUAAUGCUAUAGAUUAUUUAGGAAAUAACUUAAACUUCAAAGAAUCAAAAGUCUACAAAAUGAAAUACGAAAGUCUUUUAACUACAGCUUUAACUUACGUUUACAAUUAUAUCAAUGAAAUUAUUUGUGAAACCACUAAGCAACUGAUAAGCUCUGAAAAUAUCCAAAAAAACCCUGACACAACAAGUGAAUCGAUAUUUUCUUUGUACUAUGGAAAAUUUCAAAGUGCUUCAGUGAAAGUCAAGCUUAUUUUAGAUUAUAUAGAAGUCAAAGACGAUUUAAACAGUUACUAUCAGAAUACAUUAUACGAUUGUCAGAAAAGUUACUUUACACAAAGACAACCAAUUUUAGAAGUUGCUACCUCAAAAGCUUUGAGCGAAUUAAAAGAAAAACACAAAAACGAUUACAGUACCUUGUUUAGAGCCUGCUGUCUUUUUACAAUAAAAGUUUGCAUAGAUGAAGCAAGAUGCUAUAAUUAUUUUUUUAAAGCAAUUUCCAAUCAGCUACAUGAUUAUUUAGCAUCACUUUGUCAGUAUUUAUACGACACUCUUAGGCCUUGUCUCAUUCUUAUCAACUAUAUUGAAACACUAUCUGAAUUGUGUAGCAUUUUAAAAAACGAAAUGCUUAGUGAAAAAGUUUUACAAGACCCCCACUUAACUAAAUACAUUGACGUUAUUAAGCAACUGCUUGAAGAUGUUGAAGAACGUUUAGUGUUUAGAACUAAUGUAUUUUUCAAGCGCGAUUUGAAUGAUUAUAAACCAUCGCCUGGCGAUUUAGCUUAUCCUGAAAAACUUUUGCAAAUGGAGAAUAUAGUUGUAGAAUUAAGAGAACGCCGUCCUGAUUCUAGGGCCUCAAUAGUUUCUUUAGAAUCCCAAGAAGUUGCUAACAUAAAUCAUCCAACUCAUUUGAGGUCCUAUACAGGCAAUUCUCCAGCUGAUUUACACGGAAUGUGGUAUCCAACUGUUAAAAGGACUCUUGUCUGUUUGUCAAGAUUGUAUUUUUGUUUGGAUAAAGACACUUUUCAAGGCUUAGCUCAAGAGGCCUUAAUAGUUUGCGUGAGGACAGUGCAAAAUGCUGCAGAUUUGAUUUCUGCAAGAAAAACCCCUAUCGAUGGCAAACUAUUCCAAAUCAAACACUUGCUUAUUAUCAGAGAGCAAAUUGCUCCAUUUCAAGUGGAUUUUACAACAAGAGAGCUUAGCUUGGAUUUUAGUACCGUACAAAAAGCUGCAGUCGAACUUUUGCAUCAUCGAAAUCAAAUAUUUUCUUUCAACAGCAAUAACGCCUUGUUGGAAUUUUUGCUGGAUGGCACUCCAAAGGUCAAAGAAUACUUGGUGGACUCGAGAAAAGAAAUUGAUAAGCAGCUGAAGUAUUGCUGCGAAUCAUUUAUUGCUUAUGUGACGAAAUUACUAAUAGGAAAUGCGAUGGAUUGGAUUGAAAAAGCUGAAAAAAUAUUGAAAAUUAUUAGAGUUGAAAACACAAUGACUGUGCAAAAUAAUGAAUUAACUGUUAAAGGACAAAUUUAUGGUAAACCUGAAAAUGUUGCUGCCCUCUUAAAGGAAGCUCAGAGAAACAUGAAAACUCGCAUUCCCGAAGUUCAAAGGUCCAUGCAACUUUACUUGGCCAAUAGAGAAACCGAAUUCAUAUUAUUUCGGCCAAUUAAAAAUAACAUCAUUAAUGCUUUUAUGCAAAUUGAUCAGGUUUUAUUGAAAGGAGGUUACACUACAGACGAUCAACUGCAAAUUGCUUGUCCGUCACCAGAACAAGUCAACAUUUUAAUAUGCUCAGUGUCACUUACAAUAGAACAGGAACCUUUAAGCAGUUAGGAUUUAUAUUGUUAAUAAAUAAAUAAAUAAAAUA